AUGCAUUUUCCCACACAAAAUCAGGAUGACUGCAAGUUGCAGAACUUGAACUAUAAAAAGGACAUUACUUAUGUUACCAAACACAGCAAGUGGAUCUUAAACUCUAUUGGUAUGUGGCCAAUAAUAUUAAAAGGUGUUGCAAGAUUCCUCCCUAAAAUCGCGAUUGUACUCAAUAACUUUGUGUUACUCUUCGCCAUUAUACCAUGUGUACUUUACAUCAUAUUCGAUGAAAAGGAUACUCUAAGAAAAUUACAGUUAGUCGGUUUAGUAAGUUUCUGUGGUACUUCGUUGAUGAAGUAUUGGGCUCUGACUUUACGCAAAUCGAAAAUUGAAGAUUGCAUCAGACAGAUGCAGACCGAUUGGAAACAGGUGCAAUUGCAAAAAGAUCGUAAAAUAAUGCUAAAAUAUGGGCGAUUGGGUCGAAAUCUAACAAUAAUCUGCGUUACAUUCAUGUAUACUGCUGGCUUAAUAUACCAUACAAUUAUGCAAUAUGCGAUCGGAUCGUACAUCGAUGAACAUAACUGUACGAUCAAGCCAGUGAUUUAUCCCGUUUAUAGUGCCCUGUUUAAUGUCCAAAGAAAGCCCAUUUAUAUACUAGUAUAUGUUAUUCAUUGUAUAUGUGGUUACUUAAUGUAUUCUAUAACUGCUGGUACCUGUGGAUUAGCUGCACUUUUUGUGACACACGCUUGUGGACAAAUCGAUAUCGUUAUAUCUCGAUUAGAUGAUCUUCCUCGUGACAAAGAUAUUACAAAUACAUUUAAUCUGAACACGCAAUUAAUAACAAUUGUCGAGCACCAUUUACAAAUUUUAAGAUUCUCGACAACAAUAGAGAUGGUACUACAAGAAGUAUGCCUCUUAGAAUUCAUUGGUUCUACUUUUAUGAUAUGUCUACUUGAAUAUUAUUCUAUAACGGAUUGGGAGCAAAGUAAUACCAUUGGUCUUACAACAUACACAAUGUUACUGAUCUCACUAAUCUUCAAUAUAUUUAUACUAUGCUAUAUUGGUGAACUCCUAAUGAAAAAGAGCACUAGUAUUGGAGUAUUCUGUUUUAUGAUCGACUGGUUCCAUUUACCGACUAAAACUAUACAUGAUCUUAUUUUAAUCAUUGCUAUAUCAAAUAAUCCAGCUAAAAUCACUGCUGGUAAGAUAGUAGAUUUAUCUUUAUCCACUUUUGCAAAGGUUCUCAAAACAUCAUUAGCGUACUUAAGUUUUCUUCGGUCGACUGUCAUGUAA